GAUCCAUCCAAGUCCCAUCACUGACUGGCGAUCACGCCAGACGCCAGACGUCGCCAGAUAGAUCCGAUAGAUCACGCCGACCACAUGAUGGGCCACAUGAUGAUGACAGAAACGUGAUUAUCAACUGGACAACGCUGCUCUGUUUUAGUUUUAUCUUAUCGUAUAUUAUCGAAAAUUAUGGACGACAUCACUGAGACAAUUGUAGCUCAGGCUACAGAUCCAAAAGUGGCGUUUAUGGCCGCUGCUCUGUUCGGUUAUUGUUUAUACAAAUUCAUGACCAUGGCAAACAGAAGAAGUCCUCGAAACAUUGCAGAAGACUCCGAUGAAACGGAUGAUGACGAUGUGGCUUAUACAGACAAGUAUGACAAUUACAAGUUAAUCCUGGUUAUUAGAACAGAUUUGAAAAUGGGCAAGGGAAAGGUGGCGGCUCAAUGCUCGCACGCCGCUGUCGCGGCGUAUAAAGCUGCCAGGAAGCAUCCGAAGAUUCUGAGAGCAUGGGAGGAGUCUGGCCAAGCCAAGAUCACACUUAAGGUGGACAGCGAGGCUGCCCUUACGGAAAUAGCGAAGGAAGCCAAAGCUGUGGGUCUAUUAUCGAAUGUAGUACAUGAUGCGGGCCAUACGCAAAUACCAGCGGGAAGCAAGACGGUAUGCGCGGUCGGACCGGGCCCAGCGAAAUUAAUAGACCAAGUAACCGGUCAUUUAAAGUUAUUUUAACUGCUUGUCAAAUAAAAUUUGAAAGCCUUUUAAUAUA